AUGACCCGAAUCAGUGGCGCGGGCAUCUACAAACUUCAAGAACUCAGUUCCACGACUUAUGGUUACGAUCUCGGGUUGACUGCAGAAUUAGCAGAAGCUAGUAGUUAUGAUUAUGAGCUCAUGAAGCAUGUCCGGUUCCUGGUGCUUAUUGCAGAAAAUUUUUAG